AGUGUCAAUGUCCUAAUAUACUGAGUAGUCGUGUACAAAUCUAUAUUUGUAUAACAGCGUCGUUUAAUCGUUAUCAACGUGUGUAAAUAAGAAGCUACUUUAGAUGCACUGUUUUCUCGUUGUCCGUUGAAUGAAGACGAAGGCAGUGGAAUAAGGACGUAAAAAUGAAGUUCGCUGAGCAUCUUAGUGCCCAUAUAACACCGGAAUGGCGAAAGCAAUACAUAAAUUAUGAGGAAAUGAAGGCGAUGCUCUACACAGCUGUCGAGGAGGCACCGUCAGCUGAAAAUGUAGAGCCCGAAGUGCUGUCUCGACACUUUGCCAAUUUUGACGAAACUUUUUUUCACUACUGUGAUCAAGAGUUAAAAAAAAUUACCACUUUUUACUCUGAAAAGUUAGCUGAAGCAACAAGAAAAUUUGCAACAUUACAAAGUGAACUUAAAACACGCUUUGAUACAAUGAAGCCUAAAGGGAGCGGUGACAGUAAAAAGGCCAUACCACGACGAAAAGUGCAGGAAUUAAAACUUGCGUUCAGUGAAUUUUACCUAAGCUUAAUACUACUACAAAACUAUCAGAACUUAAACUACACUGGUUUUAGAAAAAUAUUAAAGAAACAUGAUAAGUUAUUAAAUGUGAGUAAUGGUGCGCAAUGGAGAGCAGAACACGUGGAAACAUCACAUUUCUACACAAACAAAGAUAUUGAUAGACUUAUAAGUGACACAGAGGCUACUGUGACCAACGAUUUAGAGGGGGGAGACAGACAGAAAGCCAUGAAGAAGCUAAGGGUACCACCCCUUGGGGAACAGCAGAGUCCCUGGACAACGUUCAAAGUUGGAUUAUUUUCUGGUUCAUUUAUUGUUCUAUUUAUAUCUGUUGUGUUAUCAGCACUAUUCCACGAAGGGGGCACGGACUACGUCCAAAUAGCGACGAGACUAUACCGUGGCCCGUUUCUUUUAGUCGAAUUUGUUUUUUUAAUCGGAAUCAAUGUAUAUGGAUGGAGAUCAUCGGGCGUUAAUCAUGUACUUAUAUUCGAGUUGGAUCCUAGAAAUCAUUUGUCUGAACAACAUUUAAUGGAAUUAGCGUCAAUUUUCGGUGUCGUUUGGGCGCUUAGUAUAUUGAGUUUUAUUUAUAGUGCAAGUUUGAGUGUACCGCCGUUUGUGACUCCGCUGGCGUUGGUGAUAAUAAUGUUAGUGUUUUUAAUGAACCCGCUGAGGGUGUUUAGACACGAGGCGAGGUUCUGGUUUUUGAAGAUCUGUGGUAGAAUCUUAGCGGCUCCAUUUAUGCCAGUUUUAUUCGCGGAUUUCUGGCUGGCUGAUCAAUGGAAUUCUUUCACUUUCGCGUUCCUUGAUUUUCAUUACUUGAUAUGUUUUUACAUCGCCGGCUCUGACUGGUACUCUUUUGAUUCUGAAUUCGAGACAACAAAAUGGUUUAUAUUUUCCCGCGCUGCAGUCAAUAUAAUACCAGCGUGGACGCGUUUCUGGCAGUGUCUUCGUCGAUACAGAGACAGUAAGGAAGCCUUCCCUCAUCUUGUUAACGCUGGGAAGUACUCCACUACGUUUUUCGUCGUUUUGUUUUCAACUUUACGGACUAUUUAUAAUGACAGCUAUGAAAAUUCAUACGACAAUCCGUUCCUCUACACGUGGCUUGCCUGUCAGUUCAUCUCGUCCACAUACACCUACACGUGGGACGUCAAGAUGGACUGGGGGUUGCUGAGCGUGGGACCGUCUUCUGAGAACAGCUUCCUAAGAGAUGAGAUCGUGUAUAGCCCUGGGUUCUACUAUUUCGCAAUUAUAGAAGACUUGGUCUUACGUUUUAUAUGGGUGCCUUCGUUCUUGCUCACUGAGAACAAAAUCGUUAGCGGCGAAACGAUGGUCUCCAUACUAGCGCCGCUGGAAGUUUUUAGACGCUUCAUCUGGAACUUCUUUCGCUUGGAGAACGAGCACCUCAACAACUGUGGCAAGUUCCGCGCAGUCAGAGAUAUAUCCGUCGCACCGCUUGAUUCAUCUGACCAAGCGCUCAUCAUCCGCAUGAUGGACCUGCCCGACGGCGUCAUCAAUAGACAAGCAAAGAAGAAGAAUCCGAAAAAGACAAAGGAUAACGACAGAAAGCCGCUUUUCAAAAAGGAGUCCAUACAAGAUCUGCAAAUGGACCUCGAAUUGUCCUCCAAAAUGUUGUAACUAACUGUGAUACGUGUACUCCUUGAUAUUAUUUAUAAGCGAUGUUUAAAGUAUUAUUUGAAUUAUAUUUAUAAAUAUAUAGAA